GUCGGCUGGCGGCGCCUCCUGCGCGGGAACGCGGGCCCAGCGGCAGGGUCUCUGGGGAGCCCUCGCACUAGAGCCCGCCCAAGCCCCAGGGAAGAACUGACCCCUCCUCACGCUGCCUCGCCAGCUCCAACAGCGGCUCCACAACCAGAAGCCGCGAGGACAGGAGACUCACUGGCCAACCGGAAACAGGAAAAGGAGACAGCGCGGCCCCACCCCCGCCGUUACGCCUAUGUCUGGCGCCGGCUAGAGUGUCCCUUCAGCCGGUGCUUCUCGGAGCCUGGACUGGAGUCACGUGAUUGCGGUCGGCGGCGAUGUCUCUGCCAUUGCUCUGUGGGGGCAGAGUAGUGCGCGGGGCACUUCCGGGGCAGCUGAGACCCCAUCAGCAUCCCACAGACUACAAUGGAUAUCUCCGAGGAGCCUGAGACAGAGACUUCUGCUGUGAACGGUGAGGAAGAGGAGGAAGCAGAGGGGGUGGGAGCUCCAGCUAUGCCGUGAGCCAGGACCUGUUCAAGACACCACCACAGUCUAGCCAAUCCCACCAAGUGAGCAUGGAUGAACCUGAUGAAGGAAAGAGACACUGAAUGCAGUAACCAUCUCUGAGGGGGACUAUCAUGGUGAAAUACUGUGCAGCAUAUAACUGCAGUAAUGCAGACACAAAGUUAAAUCGGAAGCAGGGAAUAACUUUUCAUAGGUUUCCCAAGGAUAAUAAGAAAAAACAGCAGUGGGCCCAGGCAGUACAUCGGGCUGACCCUGUGAGUGGCAAUCUCUGGACACCCUCUGAAUGGGAUAUGAUUUGUUCUCAACAUUUCAAUCCUGGCUGCUUCAAAGAAAUUAAUGGAAAGAAAUUUUUAAAAGAAGGGAGUUGUCCUUCUAUAUUUUCCUUUCCUGACAAUUUUCAGAGAAUAGAUAAUUCUCUACGGAGAUCAGCGAAGAACUCCAAAUGUGCUGGCAUAUUUCGAGAAAAUCCUCCUCUCGAGGCAGAUCCCAGUGAGGUGUAUGUUACACCACCCACGGUAAAGAAAACAGCGAACAACCCAAAAAGAUUAACAGAAAACUUCAGCUGUGUUCAUGAGGUAGACACCAGUGGGGUGUGUAAUACACAGGACACAGUAAUGACUGACCACCAUUACCAUAUCACAGACAGUCCAAAAACUCUGAAGAGAAAAUUGGAUGAACUUUUAGCAGAGAAUCACAAGCUCAGAAGAAAAUUAAGAAAUGCUUCUGAUCAAGAAGAGAGACUCCAUAAAAAUGUGGAAAUCUUGUUGGACAAGCUGCACUCCAAAGACAUGUUGUCAAGGGAAAUAAUGUGAUUGCUAGAUCUAUGCAAAGGGCAUGGGCUGAAUGACAGGUCUUCUCUCCCACUGCACUCAGCUGUUGGAUAAGAAAUGUUCACUAAUGUUUAUUGCUAUACAUGUCAUUUUUGAACGUAUUUAUUAAAUAAAAAGAUGUAAACAUUACUGAAGUUUUCAUAUAAAA